UGGGAAAGAUAAAAUCCUAAUUUGUGUAAUUCCGUUCAUAUUGUUGGUCAACGUCCCUUGCGUCGGAUAUGCAGGAGCUUACUUGCCACUAUCUCAUUAUUCCCAUUCCCCGCAGUAGCAGUUAAAACGCGUGAGGCUCUGUCGGUCUGACCUUGAGUCACAUCUUCACAGUGGCUUUUUUUUCAACUGCCUACCCACGGAUUUCCAGUGUCUUGGUUGUUGAAAAUAGCUUGGCUGCUCCCUGCCGCUAUGGCUAAUUCCUUAGGAACCGGUGGAUCCAGUUUGAUCCAUCCCUUUCUUUCUUUCCCUUCACCAACUUGUUGAGUCUUUCCCCCCGUCGGUUGUUCAUACUGUAAAAGAAGCUGUGUACGGCUCAGCUCGUAGUUGUGCCGACUUCUGAAGAAAUGUCGCAAGUUUGAAUGAAGUUGAGUGCAGAGCUCGGUGGGACGGUGUCGCUUUUUAAAGUGGAAACUCGACUGGACGCGCGCAGAAGAAGCUUUGACGCAGCAACCUGGAGGUGGAGACAACUUCACCACCCCCCCCACCCUCACCCCCCCCCUCCGUCCUUGACUGAAAUUACCAACUUAUUUUGCACAAGGGAGACACUUCAAGCACUCCCACGGCACUUGAAAUGGAGGCUCCAGAUGGCUACUGUGUUAGUAACGGCCAAUGCUCUCCCGGUAAGGAGAACUCGAGAAUGUUGUCAGAUACGUCAACACCUAAGGGACAGGCAGUUCCUCAGGGUCCUAAUUCCCCCAGUGAACUGACAAUUAAGCAAGAGGAAGAAACAGUGGAGGAGGCUGACAACAGAAGCCCAGCACUUGAAGAAAUAGGCCAAACAGGGGAGGAAGGGGUAGCACUGGAGGAAUCCAUGACUGACAGCCCAAGCAAUGUUCAGGAUGGAUCAUCUGAGCCAAACGUGACAACGGAUGCAGGAAGUCGACAACCAAACGGUGACAGGCCGUUCCAGUGCAACCAGUGUGGCGUCUCGUUCACCCAGAAGGGAAACCUGCUGCGACACAUCAAGCUGCACACAGGCGAAAAACCUUUCAAAUGCCCCUUCUGCAGCUACGCCUGCCGGCGGCGCGAUGCCCUCAGCGGGCAUUUGCGCACUCAUGCUGUUGGCAAACCACACAAGUGUAACUACUGUGGAAGGAGCUACAAGCAGCGAACUUCCUUAGAAGAACACAAGGAGCGUUGCCAUAGUUACCUGCAGGGUAUCGGCUUGGAUCCCAAUACCAACACUGGCCCUUACACAGGUGAGGUGCCUAAAGAGCCGAGGCCCAUGGCAGAGCCCAACACCAUGGCUUCCUUUGAUCGGCCGCCCGUUAUUGAAAGGUUGCACAGCAAUGUGGGGAAGAGGAAGAGCACCACACCUCAGAAAUUUGUGGGUGAAAAGAUGGUACGCUACAGCUACCCUGAAGUAGGCUAUGAGAUGGGCCUUAAGUAUGAGAAGCACGCUGAGAUAAUGUCGGCUCACAUGAUGGACCAGGCCAUCAGCAAUGCCAUCACAUAUCUGGGAUCGGACACUCUUCGGCCCAUACUCCACCAUCCAGGCCCCCCUCUCUCUAUGGGCGAGGUGGUGCCCAUGGUCAACCCCCUCUUCCACCAUGUCCUGCCAUUGGGCCAACGAACAGAGCGCCCAGGAAACUGUGAAACGCUGCCUCCACAGCCGCCUCAGCCCCAUGACUUCACCAGCCAUCCCACCACAAAUGGCCCCAGUGCUUUAACCAGGCUGGGCAAGCUGCGCCAGCCAGGGCAAGAGGAGUCUCCCAACAACAGUGGAGUUGACUCUGCUGACUCAGCUCGCAGCAGCCCUCACGAGAGGCAAGGUUUCCACGGGAGCAACUUCACUCCUGGCCUCAGGUCUCGAGCCAGUCCAGCAGUGGUUUAUUCAGGCGAGCGGGCGUCAGAAGCAUCACCCAGAAGUGGGGCAGGAAUGGGGCCCGGGAUGAUGCAAGCCGCCACAGAGAGGCCAGUGAGUCAGGAAGGGGUGCGGGUGUUUGGACGAGAGGGCCAGGAGUUGCGGGCCUUCCAAUGCGAGCAUUGUCGGGUGCUCUUCCUGGAUCAUGUCAUGUACACCAUCCACAUGGGUUGCCAUGGAUACAGAGAUCCGCUGGAAUGCAACAUCUGCGGCCACCGCAGCAAAGACCGCUAUGAGUUUUCCUCUCACAUAGUCCGCGGUGAACACACCUUCCAGUAAGGCGAGGGAUCAGGAUGUAGGGAAGGAAUAAGAAGGGAAAGGAGCAAUAGCCUGUUAUCCGUCCUUAACCCCAGGCCGCUGAGACUGCACAGUUGAAUGACACUGUAGACAAGUGUAGCACAAUCAUAGCAUAGACUUCUUUUUAAGCUACUUAUUGUGAAUCUGAACAGUUGAACAAUCAUAUGAAGGUAUGGGCCAAAGACACAUUUUCUACAUAUUUAAUUAAAGGUUAACGUAGAAGAAGGAAGGUAAGUUGGUUUUUUUUUCUCUUAAAAUGUUCGUGAAUUGUAUAACAGAGCAGCUGUCACACGACUUUGACUAGUUUUUCAUUAUUCUUCUUUGUAAAUGUCUCCUGUUGCGCUUGUCUUGUAAUCAUUCUUUUGUUCCAAAAAAUGUUUUCACCCUCAAGAAGUAAUGAAAACAUGCAAAUGCAGUUCAGCAGAUAGAAUGUCACAAUUAACACUUAUGAUGGAGCUAAAAGCUUUAGGUAGUCUCUAAAAUUCAAUGAAAUAAAACCAUUCUUGAAUUCUUCAACAGACUAAAUAGAAGUAAGAUAAUGAACUGGCUCACUUCCUGUGGCAUAUCACACAGGAUCUGUGCAGUUUUCUUUUUUCUCUCUAUUUUUUUCUAUUACUUUCACCAUGGCCCAUAAUGCUUAUUGUUUUUCCUAUGAACAAUACACGUAACGAUAUGGUUAACUAGUGCUGUGUGUUCUAGCUGCAAGCAACUUGGUGUCCAUCUGGACUUGAUUGACAGUGGUGUGGUUUUCUCUGAUCGUAUCUAUCUGCAGCUGUGGAAAUUUAGCCAGCCGUGACGUGACAUCCUCAGUAGGUCUAUGGUUCUGUAUUGCCAUGCGUAACUGCAUAAUUUCAGUGCAUUAGCUUAUAUUUCCACUAGGACUGUAGUGAUUGAAAAUAAGCUUUGAGAAAUUACAUUAAUUCAACAACAAUGUUUUUUUGAGGCUUUAAUUGCUAUAGUCCUGUAAAAUGCAAGUUAAGAGAAUUUGAAAACUUUGGAUGCAAAAUUUAAAGAGAGGUGUAAGACAUUUUCCUAUCCACAAGAUUCUAACAAAUGCAAAUAAAUGUUCGAACAUAUAUAUUUACAGAGAUAUUUAGCUUAUGCUAACACCCUGAAAAGACUAUAUGGCUAGCUGAUAGCAGAAAACUACCUCUUAGCAACCACUUUGUAAGAUUCAGCUGAUGUGAUAGCCUUUGUUGAAAAACUUAGACUGACAUUAUUUUGCAUAGCAGGGCUGUUUUUUUUCUUUUAUUUUGUUUAACUUGACUAAUGGGCCAGCUAUGCUAGAAGCCAAUGCUAGCAGGGCUAGCUGGCUAACUAAGUUUACAUUUGCUAUCGCAAAUCAUGCAUUUUUGUAGGCUGCUUAGUGUUUUGUUUUUUUUAAAGAUGUUUUUCGGGCUUUUAUGGCCUUUAUUAAAUAGGAGCUGGAGAAAUGACAGAAAACAGAAAUGAGAGAAUGGGGAUGACAUGCAGCAAAUGGCUGUCGGUCAGACCCAGGGUUGCUGCGACAAGGACUCGUAGCCUCUUUAUAUAAGGUGCGUGCUCUACCAACUGAGCUACCCAGAGCCCCAGAUGCUUAGUAUUUACUUAUAGAAAACAUGUUUUUCCAAUCAUUAGUGGCUGGUGAAGUACUUGCAUACCACUACUAAGCCAGAAAAAGAAGACCACCAACUUUCUGCAACUGGCUUGUAAAUUUUGUACUUUUAAAACAAAUUAUGUCAAAAAAGCAAAACAAAACAAAAAAAAUCAGCUCCAACUGCUUUGAAAAUUUUUAACGGACAUUUUUUUAUCCUGUAACAUUUAAAAGACUCAUACUGUAUUUUAAUAUAUCAUGAAAAUUUGAAGCAUGAAAGCUUUAAGAUUUAAAGAUUUUAAAGCUUGAAGUGUUAUUUUGGCUUUCAUUAAUAUAUUAUAGUGAUAACAUAUGUGCUUGGCAUACACAUUUGUAAUUCUUUUUAUUUAUAUCUCAUGAAACCAUAUCUGUUUCUUGUAUCUGGACUUAUUUCUCUCCCUAUCAGCCUCUGUUCAGUUUGCACUCACAAGGUAGAACUAUUGACCAUGUAGCAAAAUCCCAACAAAAGGAGAACAAGAAGGUAUACAAUGAGUAGCCUAAUGAUAAUUGCCAUCUCUGUGCCCCUAAAAGGUUCAGCCAUGGCAGUGUUUAUCCUCAUCUUUUUAAAAUAAAUAAAAACAAAAAUUUCUGAGCUGCAAAACUAAAGCAUACUCCACAAAAAUAACUGACCUUUUCUUUGUUUCCUUGGUUGCUCCUAUUGAAAUUUUUUUAGAUGAAAGAUUGUCUUGCUUGCAGUUUGAGCACAGAUUUCUUAACUAACAUCGUAGUUAAAAACAGGCAGACUUACACGCUUAUAUUGUGAAAUGGCAGAGGGUGGUGACUCUUUGCAUUUUGAUGAUUUAAAGUGAUAUGGCAAUGGAUACCAAAGGGAUACAGGGUACUGCAUGGGUUGCUGUUCUCUGAUGUACCUCAGUCUAUACUUUAGGCCCCUGUUUUUGAUCUAAUCCACUUUGUGCUUUAGGUUGGAUGGCUGUGUGUAUAUAUCAUACAAGUGUUGUGGGUUUUUUUUUCAGUGCUUGGUUACAAGGUCAGGUAGGGUCUGCUUUAUCGGUGCUGUUUCCUAGCACGGCAAAAACAUGCUUAUUUGUCAUUGCCAUUUUUCAUACUAUUUGUAUGUCAUGACAAAUACAGGGAAAUAUCACAAACUCUGCACAAAAGUUAUUAUUGAGGUGCUCUGUCCUUUGCGCCUAACAUUUUGCAGAGAAUGGCAGCUGUCAGCUUUUUUGCAGCUGAACACCUUAAAGUUACUGCAUAAUGGGAAUUGAGGGAAAAGAGAGAAUUCUUGAUGGUGGGCAUUUGGAAUGGUGUUGCCAUAUUGUCAUGGGUAUGACCGCAUACAAAGUGCGUCAAAAAAGAGGACCGCAUGAGGUAAAGUGAGAAGGCACUUCUCAGAACUGUAGCAUUCCUCUUUAAACCUGCUUUGACAUUAGUAUGCAAAAUGUAAAUGGCAAGUAAGAGAUUAGCCGCUUUCUAUUUCCAAAUCAUUUGUCCAUCAUCUACAGUGUGUUCAAUAACAGAUUUCAAUCAGUAAGGCUUGCCGCAGCUCUUUCAUAGUUACUGUCUCUCCUUGUGAAACUGAUAAGACUGUGCUUUGUACAGUUGGCCCUGCACUUUAUGUCUCCAACCUGACUAUUGACAGCUGUUUUUUUGCUCUUUUUUUUUUCUUGAAGUGUAGGUAAAGUGGAAAAUAGUCAUUGGCAGAACACAGGUCGGUCUUUUCUCUGAAAAAAUCAGUCUUGGAGACACAUUGCAAAUUAAGUUUUGCUGUCUGAUGACCAUUUUUUAUUUUAACAGUCAUCAGAACAAGUCUGGCAUUACUAGUUUCCUACUGGUCAGCAUCAUAACAAGUUGAUAAUUCUCUAAGGUUAAACUCAGUGAUUUAUUCCUCCCUGUUCAAUGUCUGUCUGUGAUCAAAAGGCAGCUUUUUUCUCUGUUUACAUGUUGCUUCUCUUAUGCGCAACUGGUGCCCAGCUAGCAUAAAAAAGCCUAAUGUCUGUAAAGUGUUGGCACUGGAAAUUGUUUACACCUCGCAGCUGUGAUACUGACUCUAUACAUUCCUCUAUUAUAUCAUUCCUUUAUGUAUUUAUUAUCUGAAGCCUUAUCUGUUAGGAAAGGGGUCCUCCUAAAACAACAUAUUCUUUUAAUAAUGCUAUGAUCAGAUGUAAAUUAAUGCUACAAAUAUUUUCUUCCUCAAUCCCCCUGAAGAAGGAAUACAAAUAAACUGAGCAGAACUAAAUUAGCAUGAACUGGGUAAAAAAUAUGACAGGAUGUUAUUUUCUCAGUUUUCAUUUGUUCCCCGGGUUAUAUUUGACUUUGGGGUACGUGAGUAUUUGCUUCUUGAUCUAAUAGUAAUGUAAAAAAUACAUCCUUAGAAAUUCUUGAAAUGAAGCAGCCAUAUGAAUAAAGAAAAAACAGUAGGAAAGAAAGGUCAUCUCCUUCUAAGUGAGGAGUUUACUUGAAAAUCAAAAUCAUUGGUAUUGUUUCAGACUGCGGGGAUGUUUUUGUAAAUCUUGCAAAUGCGUGUGCUAAAUGUCUAUUUUUCUGCUGAAAUGUUAAUGCAAAUAGUUUUGUGAACUUGUGUGUGUGUGUUUUAUAUUUUAAAAAUGUUUACAAAAUGUAAAAGGCAGGGUUCAGGUGAAUUGUAUUUUUUAAGAAAUAAUAUAUGAAAGGUGUAUAUUUUGGCACUGAAUAUUGAAAUUACCCAGACACGCGUGCCGAUCGAUCAUCUCUGAUACUUUCCGAUGUGAGGGCUCUCAGGUAUUUGCAUAGGUUGUGUAUUUUUAUGUCCUAAAAUAUGUGAUUUAUUUAUCAAAAAGAUGCACAGCAGUUGAAACUGUUUGGUAAUUUCUUAACGCUGAGUGUGGUGAAGGAAGUUCGAUGAUUGAUCAGCCCUGUUUUCAACAUCAAUGACGUAAACAUGAAGACACACUGCUGUGAAGAAUACAAUGUAUAUUUUUAAGGCAUGGGUUUCUCUCUAUUAAAGACAUGAUUUUAC